CUCGAUGAACCAGUCGGUGUCACCUGGGGGCGCGUAUGAAGCCCCUCUAUAUGACCGAGUGGCGCUAGUGUUCGUGUGUAGCAUAAGCUCUCUUGUUGGCGCUUUUACAAACGCUCUUAUCGUCAUUGCGGUUCUCUCAUCCCUCCAUCUCUGGGAGAGUCGCUAUUUUCUUCUACUCUCGCUCUCCGUUUCUGAUUUUCUGUCGUGUGCGCUCUGGCAGCCGACAUUAAUCCACUCUACUGUGACAGGCCAGUACGGUUCUUUAUCAAGCUUUCUGGCCUAUUUUACGGCUCUGUCGUCAUUAAACAGCCUUGUGUUUGUGACGGUGGAGCGCUUCAUCGCGGUAUUCUUCCCGUAUGUGUACAUCAAUAACAUCCCCAAGAGUUGCGAGGUGGUAAUCUGCGCUGUGUUAGCGUAUAUCAUCUCUUUGGGGCUGACUGUGUUGCGGGUGAUUCACGUCAUCGGCGUGGUAACCAUCUACUGCUAUUUAAUGGUGAUUUCGAUCUUGCUGUUAUGCAUCUACAUCGCGAUUUUCAUCACGGCCCGAAAGCAAGAUCUCAAAGUUCGUCCGCCCCCCUUACCUCGGCAAUGCAGCACCAGGGAACAACGGCGUUCCUGGAACAAACAGCAAAAACUUCACGAGAGUAAAACUACCAAGACGGUGGCAAUCAUCUUGGGGGUGUACUAUACGUGUUGGCUGCCAUUUCUGAUGUUCCCAGCCAUUCCCGUGGAGUAUAUCCCACGGACUUUCCACUGGAUCAACUGCGCUGCAUCGCUUCAGUCCCUAGCGAAUCCAUUCAUCUACUUUCUGUUUGUCAGAAGGUUAAGGAAAAAGGUCGUCAAGAUAUUGACCCAGAAAUUCCGGAAUUUCUAAGACCUUCUUGAAUAAACAUUAAUGGACAUACCCAAUAGGAGGAUAUCUAGAAAGGCAGUGCUUGGGCUCGUCUAAAAUAGUACUAUCUAUCUGAAAGACAUUCUGCUCAGACUCUUUCUUUUCACCACUUUACCAAAAGUCCAAAAUAUAAAAUACCAAAGAAUAAAAAAAUAAGUAAAAAAAUAUGGAAUUCACUUCCUUCGGACUGUUGCUACUUUCGGCAACAUUCACUUUUUCUUGUUAUGACCCGUUGAGAUAUUUUACCUUUUUUUUUCAUUUCCAUCACUGUACCAUUACCUGUGCCACCUUAGUAAUCUUGUUUUCUGUUCUUGGUUACGUGAUGUAUGCAAAUAGCUGUCGUGUCAAGGGUUUCUUUGCUUUGUGGCCACACCUGCCACACCUACCAUAUGUAAACAAGCAAAGAACAUUUGAAAACAUGUAUUGGCUAUCAUUUUUAUACAAAAAAAUUAUUCUAAAAAGUCUAUCUGCCAGUCUGCAUGGAUAAGCAAAAUAAAGCUGACUUGACUAGA